AUGGGCUUCGCCGACCUUCUCACUGAUGCUGGUGCUGCCAUGCUGAACAGCUGGCUCACCACCCGUUCCUACAUCGUCGGCUCUACCCCUUCCCAGGCCGACGUUGCCACCUUCAAGGCUCUUCAGUCCGCUCCUGAUGCCGAGAAGUACCCCCACGCCGCCAGAUGGUACAAGCACAUCGCCUCCUACGAGAGCGACUUCGCCACCCUCCCCGGUGAUGCCUCCAAGUCCUACUCCGUCUACGGCCCUGAGGCCACUGAGCUCCCCGUGAACCCCGCCAAGGCCCCGGCCGCCGAGGAGGACGAGGAUGACGUCGACCUGUUCGGCUCUGACGACGAGGAGGAGGACGCUGAGGCUGCCCGCAUCCGUGAGGAGCGCCUUGCUGAGUACAAGAAGAAGAAGGACAACAAGCCCAAGCUCGCUGCCAAGUCUGUCGUCACUAUGGAUGUCAAGCCUUGGGAUGACGAGACUGACAUGGCUGCCCUCGAGGCUGGUGUCCGUGCCAUCGAGCACGACGGUCUCGUUUGGGGUGCCUCCAAGCUUGUUCCCGUCGGUUUCGGUAUCAAGAAGCUCCAGAUCAACCUCGUUGUCGAGGAUGAGAAGAUCAGCUUGUCUGAUCUCGAGGAGGAGAUUGCCGAGCUUGAGGACUACGUCCAGUCCGUGGACAUUGCUGCUAUGCAGAAGCUUGGGGCGGCGCUAAGUGAGGGGCAAUUCUUCGCUUCCAUCGAGGGCCCUCCCGGGAGGCUUCAAGCUUACAACGCGAACGUCGACACGAGACGCGCCAGCCGCAGCAACACAACCAGCUCACACUCGCUUGCCCAGGCUGAAAUACUUUUUGUCAAGAUGUACGGCGAUUUGGGCAACAAGUUGGUGCAACAUGCUAAACGAACCCAAAACCUUUCGCAUUUGCCAGCGUACCAAGCCGAGAUAGUACGCGCCGUUACGCGCGAAGUACGAGACCUAGAAAAAGAUGUGACGGAGGUUCUUGAACCUUUCCAGGGCUCUUUCGACCCAGCCGCCAACCAAGCGACAGCCUGCACAGUCCUUGUCAAUUAUCUCUCCAUGCGAAGGAAUAAGCGAUGCGUUCUCGCAUACCACCGAACUCGGACAGAUAAAUUGGAGGAGCUAGCAUGGAAGGGAGUCGAUGUGCUUGACCUGGCCGGGCAACAAGUACGAGGCAAUGCGGGAUCAUCAACGGGGGGCCCUAAUGGCAAUGCCGACGGUCCUACGAGCAGCCUUAGCCCGCAAGAGGAGGAGUAUGUGAGGCAGUACGGCGAUCUGUUGGCUGCCUACAAAGGGCAAUGGACGGACAUCGACUUGACGGGCAGCUUGGAGCCACCGCGAGACCUCUUCAUCGACGUGAGAGUCUUGAAGGAUGCAGGAGAGAUCCAGACCGAAUACGGCGCCAUCAACUUGACCAAGAACAGUCAAUUCUAUGUCAGACAGGGCGACGUGGAGCGGCUCAUAGCACAGGGUUAUCUCCAGAAACUCAGCUGA